GGAGGGAAGUUGACUAAGCAGGGCCCUGGCAAACUAGUUGUGGGGAAGAUGUAGCAUCCUGCUUGACGUUCAGGUUCUCACGUCUUCUUGCCCCCACCCCUUAGGGUCUGUCAGCUUGGAUCCUUAGCUCUGAUGCGCAGUCAACCCGCGAGUUCCUGAAGUAGCUCCUACGUUCAGAAAUGCUGGGAAGAUAUCAACUCUGCGGAGGAGAAAUCCAGGAAAUGUACCCAGAUACUUGCCAACUGUGCUACUCAGGCAGGACAUAACUUGUUCUGUGGAGAAGCAGGUUCUGAGAUGAAGGGGAGACUAUCUUCAUCAUCCUAUUGAUGACUUAUGGGGUAGAGCCAUUACUUAGCUCUCUGCAGACCCCAGAGAUGCGGGUACUGGCCCUGGCUUUGGUUCUCGUGCACCUGCCUUCUACCUGCUUUCAACCUACAACUUUUCUGGGUUCUGUCAACUGCUCACAGGGACUGGGCUGCCGGCUUGUGGGAGGGGACGUGCUUUGCUUCCCUGGGGAAACAGCGCCAGAUCCAAAGCUAGUUCCAGUCCUGGUGGUGACCAAGAUGACUAUAAGGAACAAACUGUGGUGCCACAAGCAGCAAGACUGCACCCCCUGUGUCCACGUGAAGCUACGCCUUGGUCUGAUGGCAUCACCUGUAUUGCGGGCAAAACAAGAGCAAGGAACUGAGGAGAGACGUCAUGGCAACCCUGAGGAAUUCCUGCGGACUUACGUAUUUCUCUCAGCCCAGACCUACCAUUCCUCCCAGUGUACUGCGGUUGAAGUUUGGCUCCCCCGUUCUCAAGCCUGGCAAACUGGAAACCUGGGUUCCCUCCACUUGGACUGCUUCCCAGUUGCUAUCAACGGGGAGUUGCAUUUCACAGCCUUCACCAGGCCCCUCUACGAGUCUGUGCGUGUGAUCCAGUUCACACACCAAGGACCAGACUGCACCUGGCGUGACGCUAAAGAUGGUGUUCGCCUCUGCCAGGAACCCAGUUUAGAGGUCUCCAUGGAGCUAGAUAAGGCUGUACUGCAUGUGUGGGACAUCCCUGAAGGACAGCAUUUCAACCUCUGGCUGUAUCUGAACCGGACAAGUGGAUCUGAAGGGCUGGACAAGGGCCCCACCAAGUUGCUGACUAGGCCAGAGAACGUGAGCAUACCUAUCUCCCAGGUGUUUCCCUGUCUCUGCCUGCAGGUCUGGCCCAAGAAUGAAGGCCAAGACGACUCGCCACGAACCUACCUGUGCCCCUUUGCAAACGACACUGAAGCUUUGACCAGGGCCUGGGCAAAGAGCCGUCUAGAGGUUAAAGCCUUCAAUAAGACCCUGAGCUGCACCCUCACUGCACCGUGUGACCUUGCAGGGGAGCUGGUGCCCUGCUGGAGGGGGGAAGCGCUUGCCUGCCACCCGCUGCACCCCCAGCUGCACCUGGCCCUCACUCCACAUGUACCGCAGGAAUUCCCAGGACUGAGACCCCACCCCAACCUCUGUGUGCAGGUAAGGAGCAACGGGACCACCUAUCUUCAGAGUUGUCUGCAGGAAAAUAGCCCAGGAAGCCAGCAGCCAAAUGAGCAGCAGCUGUUGCUGCUUCAGGAGACUCGGGAUUCCCAGGGGAAGCCGUUUGUUCAUGUCUUGGAGCAGAGCACCUGGGUCCCCAUCGCUCAGGCUGCCAGCACAAAAAACAGGAUCCUGGUGGAAGCCCUGCAGACGGACGUGCGGUCAGGGGAAUGCAUGCAGCUGUGGCACACAGAGGGCAGUGAAGCCGCCGUGCUCUGGAUCUGUUCAUUGGCGAAGUAUUCCCGAACGCACUGGGUGCUGGCCUGGCUGAUCACUCUCGUAGCCAUCUGCUGUAUCUUGCUUGCGUUGCUGCUCAAGAAGGAAGCGCUGAAAGGCUGGCUGAGGAUCCUGAAAGAGGAUUACCAUUCUGGAGGAAUGCUUCAGGGGCGGCACGUUCUCCUCCUCUACUCGCCGGACCACCUCGGCUUUGAGCGUCUGGUGGGCACCUUGGCGGGUGCGCUGACUCAGCUUCACUUCUCCGUCUCGCUGGAGCUGUGGAGCCGUGGGGAGCUGGGAUCCCUGGGGCCCAUGCAGUGGCUCCACGCCCAGCACCGUCGGGUGCUACAGGAGGGUGGAGCUGUCGUGCUGCUGUUCUCCCAUGGCGCCGUCGCUGCUUGCGCAGAAUGGCUGGGCUGGCAGCAGAAAGACACGCUCUGCCCCACCAAGCCGGACAGCACUUUCCUGGCCUCCCUGAACUGCGUCCUGCCAGACUUUCAGGCCGGUAAGGCCAGCGGCAAGUACACGGUAGCCUGCUUUGAGGAACUUCUUUGCGCUGACGAGAUCCCGGCGCUCUUCCGUUCGGUGCCUGUCUACCCUCUGCCGUCACAGCUUUUCCACUUCCUGCUAGCCCUGUCCGGCCCUGGGGUGGGCCAGGAGCAGAGGAGCAGCCUCAGGAGACACGUGGUGUGGAUCAGCAAGAGCCUGGAGCGUGCGGUUCAGGAGUGUCAGCGAAGGAGGCCGCAUGGCCAGAACACCCCGAUGCUGCUUCCGCAGUCUGGGGAUGAACAGAUACAGGGGAGCGGUGGCUCUUCUUGCACGGAGUUCUGAGAGAGACGUCCGAGCUGUGUUUUUGUCCCGUGGUUUGCAAGCGUUUGGCCAAGCGCCGGGACGGGAGGGCUCCACCUUGGUCUUCCUGGGCAAAGCAGCUCAGACGCCAGCACGGGCUAAUCCGUUCCUGGGCUUUGGGACUGGGAUGAUGCGGCACACCCCUAGUGCAGGGACGCCUUUGAGCAUGGCUGCGCACGGUGACCUAAGGGGGCGUGUGGGGAUGAUCAGGGAACCCAGGUGUGUAUGCGAGCUCAUUUAGAACUCCAGAAGGAUCCUGCCAUCAUAUGACUGGACAGCAACCAUCCAGUAUUUCUUGUGCUUAGGAGAACAAAGGGAUCCCAUUAGUAUGUCCAGAACUGUACAAGUGCAGAAGUAGUGGAAAGUUUCAAGUACCAAAGAGCAGCAGGCGAUGAUGCCUCUAGCCUCCGUGCCCUGCUUGGGGGCUCCCAAAAGCAUCUGGCUGGUUGGCUGCUGUGCAAAACAGAGCACUGGCCCUCUGGCUCGGUCCAGGUGGGCAAAUCCUUCCAUUCUUAUCUGGUAUUCUCACGUUAAGUCUCUGUUUGGACAAAUGUUAAUCCACCUUGGAUCGUUCAAAAAUGCAACCUGUAGUGGCUUGGACCUGCAGGGAAUCCAAUAACCACCUUCUGCAAGCCUGCUAGCCACCUUCAUCUGGUGGAAAACCUGUGGUUAUUUUCACACACACACCCCAAAAUGGUGGUGACCAUAGAGUCUGCAGGCAAGAGCAACCACCACUUCCAGCGACACACUUGCCAAUGCAGAUAUUUUCUAUGGUCUACAGGCACUCCCUCCCCCCCCCCCGCCCCCCAUUUUCUGAAUGGAGCGGCUACUGGCUGCCCAUUCAGGGUUGCAGAGGAUGCUAGGAUGAGUGGUUAAACUACACAGA